AGGGGUGAGUAGUGAGAAGAGCACAGAAAAGGGAGAGCUGUCCUUCUGUUAGGACAUUAUCCUUGGCCUGCAUUGGCUGAUUUUCGACCCUCUGGGAAGGACAUUUCUGGAAGGGAGCUGCCUAAUCAGAUGGAUGGAACGCGGGAAAGACACGAGGGAAGCUGGUGCCCGCCCGGGAGGAGCGCGUUUUGCUGUCCGCCAGAUGGCGCUAUCUGGCUUUCCCUCGGCUUCCCUCGCCUGUCCCUGGAGGCCGCCGCCGCAGCGGCCGCUCUAGCCGACCGGCGCGGCCUCUGUGGUUCCGGGCGGAAGUGAGGCGCCGAGCGGAACGGCCUCUGGUGACAUUUUCUCCGGGCGGCGCGGACGAGUGAAGGGACUUGGUGUGGAAGCUGUGGAGGUGGCGAGAUUCGCCUUAGCCCCGGCGGGGCUGUGACUGUGACCCUCUGCUCGCCGCCGGGGCUUGUGCUGAAGAGAAGAAAGGCGGCGGUGGCCGUCGCGCCCCGAGUCACCGCGGGCGGGGGAGUCCCGGCCGGGGGGUCGGUGGGUGCCCCGACGGGGCGCGCGGAGCGGGAGAGGAGGUGCAGGGCUGCCGCGGAACGCAGGUGAGGCGGGAAGGUUGCUUUCCUGUUGCAUCUUUGACCUACUUUCUUAGACUCUGCUCCAUGAUUGAACUUGAAAGUCUGAAAUGAAGAUGGAGGAGGCAGUGGGAAAAGUCGAGGAACUCAUUGAGUCUGAAGUCCCACCGAAACCAUCUGAACAAAAGACCACUAAGGAGGAGGAUGGAUCUGUAGAACUGGAAUCUCAAGUUCAGAAAGAUGGGGUAGUGGAUUCUACAGUUCUUUCUUCAAUGCCCUGCUUGUUGAUGGAACUGAGAAGGGACUCUUCUGAGUCUCAGUUAGCAUCCACAGAGAGUGACAAGCCAACAACUGGCCGAGUUUAUGAGAGUGACUCCUCUAAUCACUGCAUGCUUUCCCCUUCCUCUAGUGGUCACCUGGCUGAUUCAGAUACCUUGUCUUCUGCAGAAGAGAAUGAACCCUCCCAGGCAGAAACAGCAGUGGAAGGAGACCCUUCUGGAGUGUCUGGUGCCACAGUUGGGCGCAAGUCUCGACGGUCCCGGUCUGAAAGUGAAACCUCUACUAUGGCUGCCAAGAAAAACCGGCAAUCCAGUGAUAAACAGAAUGGCCGAGUCGCCAAGGUUAAAGGUCAUCGGAGCCAAAAGCACAAGGAGAGAAUCAGGCUACUGAGACAGAAAAGGGAGGCUGCUGCACGGAAGAAAUAUAACCUAUUGCAGGACAGUAGUACCAGUGAUAGUGACCUGACUUGUGACUCAAGCACGAGCUCAUCAGAUGAUGAUGAAGAGGUUUCAGGGAGCAGCAAGACAAUCACUGCAGAGAUACCAGAUGGACCUCCAGUUGUAGCUCAUUAUGAUAUGUCUGACACCAGCUCUGACCCAGAAGUGGUAAAUGUGGACAAUUUAUUGGCGGCUGCAGUAGUUCAAGAGCACAGUAAUUCUGUAGGAGGCCAGGACACAGGAGCUACCUGGAGGACCAGCGGGCUUCUAGAGGAGCUGAAUGCGGAGGCAGGUCAUUUGGAUCCAGGAUUCCUAGCAAGUGACAAGACAUCGGCUGGCAAUGCACCACUCAAUGAAGAAAUUAAUAUUGCCUCUUCAGAUAGUGAAGUGGAGAUUGUGGGAGUUCAGGAACAUGCAAGUGGCAGAGUUGAGAAGAAGUUUCAACAGACACCUGAUAGCCCUCAAAGCCUAAGGUGUGUUCAUCCUCGAGGAGGUGUGAUUCAGAGUGUUUCUUCAUGGAAGCAUGGCUCGGGCACGCAGUACGUCAGCACCCGGCAAACACAGUCAUGGACUGCUGUGGCUCCCCAGCAGACUUGGGCUUCACCUGCGGAAGUUGUUGAUCUUACUUUGGAUGAGGAUAGCAGACGUAAAUACCUACUGUAAUACAAUGUCACUGUGUCUCCUCUGCACUGUUCCCUUCCUCCUCCUCCUCCUCCUCCUCCUCUUUGUGACAUGGAAGUUCAUUGUCAUAGCUUCAGCCUCAGAAGCUGUUUGUGGCAUUUGUAUAAUCCAAACUCAUGGAAAAUUGCCCCCCCUUCCUUUUUUUUUCUUUCGUUUUUUUUUUUAAAUUAAAAGAAAUCACUUAGGAAAAUAACUUAGCACAGAGAAAAGAAUUUCUUCUUUCCCUCAGUAGGAAUAGGAGAAUGAUGAAUUUUAUUAGACAAGUUCAUUUUCCUUGGUGACUUUCAAUCUUAGGAAAGUCUGCCUUCCUUUUAGAAUAAUAUUUUAAUUAUCAGGUGAAAUGGAUUUAAGUUUUUGAAUCUUGUAUUUAUUUUUCUGUGUAAAAAAUUAAUACCUAGCCUUGACCACUGUCAGCCCACCCAUUGGCACUCCUACCGUAGGGCAUUUGCACACAUCUAGUCAGGUCCUUAUUGGCACCUAGUAGGGCAUGUGCAUUUGAAAACCUGUCCUUAAAAAUAGAAGACAGAAGUAUUACUUUUCUUUUAGCUUGAGUCUUCUGCCUUCUUUCCUGCCUUUGCUCCUGGCUGACUUCCCACAGCACAAAUAAUUGAUAUGCCCCUUUGUGUUUAUAAAUACUGCUGAGGUGACAUAGUUGGUCUCCUUGUUGCAAUAAUUCGUAAUUCUUCGGAAAAUGUCUCCUUUUGGGGCAGAGGCAUUUCAGUUAGAUACCCAUGAGGUUUUCUGGGCAUGUGAGGAAAAUAUUGAGAGAUCAGUAGGAGAAUCUCUCUCCCUCACCUUUUUCCGCCUGUUUGCUCAAAUAACAGGAGAACACAGAAACCUAUUACUUAAGUAAAAUAUGAAAAGUUGUCUUCACCUCUUAAGACUGUGAGCACUCACAGAUCUGAGAAGACAGUGCUUUCUUUCAUAGCUGGUCUCUCUAAAGGAUGUACAACAACUGUUUAAGUAAUGCUUGAGCUGAAAAGACCUGAUGCUAUAUUUGGGUAUUUUUCUCCUCUACCAUCUAAAAGUGGAAAAAUCAAAAUAAACCAUAAGAAACCAGAUGCAAAGCACAUAAAUGACACUGUAGGCUUUACAGUAUCUAAAUAAGCAAAGGGUGGUUAGGAGCUUCAGGGAAUUCAGGAAAUGCCAGUGUUGGAGUUCUGUGGCAUUAGUUACUAUCUUUUUUUCCUAUAACAUGUUGUAGUUACUAGUGAAUUCUUUUACAAGCAAUACCUAGUUAGAACACUAUGUACUGUGCACAGGGAGGAGUGAAGUACUAUUGGCUUAGAAGACCUCGUCUUUUGUUUUUUCCAUGGUUUUUGUUUGCUUUUUUGUUUCCAUAUUUACCAUAUAACAUUGCUGUAGCCCUUGUCUCCCUCCCCACAUGCCUUGGUGGCUCUUCCUUAUCUUAAGAGCCUGAGAACUACCAUUUUAGUUGUCAUUUAGUGGACACCCACGUACCAAGUGCCUGUUCUGCACAUGGUACCGUGCAGGGUAGGUGUGGUGUGGCCACUGAGACAAAUGGGACACCCCUGCGUGCGCAUGCAUCAGAGUCUGCCUGGCUCCACCUGCCUGGGCUUUUCUCCUGUUUUUCUAUAAAGACUCAUUUAUUCCUUUACCCUUCUUCCUGCUGCUUUAGUUCUUCCAUAUACCUCUUCCACGGGAGUGGAUAUGAGCAUGUGUUCUUUGAUCUUCUUUGGUAGCAUCUCAUUUGAUCUGGCCUCUGUUCUUUUAUUUUUCUGUCAAUCUAGUUUUAAUAGAUUAGGCUUUUAAAAGAUCAUGAACCUCCAGUUUUAGCACCUCAUGUAUCAGAUCUCUCACAUGGCCACAGUUCUAGACAAAAACCAAAGAUCCAGAGGCCAGAGCUAAAUAGGACCUUCUGCGGAUUCACUACUGGUAUAUCCUUGGACCUUCACAUUUUCCUUUAGGAUUAAUUUAUUGAAUUUUACUGUUACACGUUGUUUUUGACUUGAAUUAAAAUGCUAGACAAAGCAGAAAUGUACAAUUUCUGGUCUGUGUUUUCCAGGAAAUCAUUGGGACAAGAAUAGAGUGAAUUAUAUGACUUGAAGUUUUUGCAGCUUAUUUUUUCCCCAGUAUCAGGGCACAGCCCCAUUUUAAAGAAUGUUUUCUCAUUACCUAUUCUUAUGUUAAUUGUGUGUUUUGUCUGAUUCCACACAGCAGGUGAUUUCCCAUGAUAUGCUUUCUUUAGCCCCUAAAUAGUCAUCUUCUAAACAGAAUUCUUCUGGUGUGCUCUGUGCACUGUGGAUUGGGAGCAGAGUGCUGUGGCCUUGUGUUUUUAUGCCUGGUUGCGCUUUUCCCACACCUGCCCCUGUUUCAGCAUCCUGACUACCCACUGGUUGCCAGAACAGCGAUUUAGAAGUUAACGUGCAAAAAGGGGAGGGGAAAGGAUGGUAGAGACAGUCAGCUCUUUUCCCCUACAGGGUUGGGAGUUUUCCACCUACUAAUUGUAGAGAGACUAUUUCAACUCUUUUUUUAUUGCCAGAUCCACCAGGGUGAGGGUGUGGCUUCUGACAAGGUAUCUUACUGAUAAAAUUCUGUUGGAAACAAGUCCUAUGACAUUGGAAUUUUCUUUUAAAGGGAUUGUGUUUUAACCAAAGUGUUGCAUUUGGUAGCAUCAGUACUUCUUUAUGCUCCACGGAACAUUAUUCAAAGUAGUAUCUCUGCUAGAGUGGUGCACUUGGGUCACAGAUUGGAUUGUGGCACCGAUUUAGUUAAGCCCCUCCUUACCCUCCCCUCCAGUGUGAAACCACAGAGCAGUAACUAGCUCUCAUGUCAUCCUGGCUGCCCUUGAACAUGUACAUCUGCUUGCCAGUAGUCUUUCCAUUCUGAUGGAAGGAGCCAGACUGAGUGGACUUCAGUAUUUAUUACAGUUGAGCAUUGCAUAAAUUCUGCUUUUAUUAUUAUCAGUUGUGAAUAUGACUGUCUGAUUUGCCAUGUUUGUCCAUUUUUCACUGUUCCUUUUAGCAGAAUAGCACCACCAUAGGUAACUUAAAAAUGAAUUUGUUGCCUGCUUUUUAUACUGUGUCACACAAGGUUUUUGAAAGAGCUGGGGACACAAUUUUGUCUUUAAUUUUUUUUUUUAAAUGCAAGGAGCCCCUAAUCUCUGUUUUCCAGUAUGUGUAUGAUGUGACUUCCAUGUAUAUAUAAAAAUGAUUGCGCCCUAACCAAACUUCCUCAGAUUGUGCACUGUUUGUUUAAAAUAAUCACGUAUUUUAGUCCAA